AAAAAACAAUAAAUUGUCAAUAACUUUUUCAAUAUAAUCUUACACGACAUAGAGUGCAGAUCAUGCUUCGUGAAAAACGUCGCGUUCUCGAUUUAUGGAUAUAAACAGGUGAUCGCUAUAUGCACAGAAGUCCAGGAAUAGAAUGAAGCGUGGUAUUGAUACAGUUGCAGAUAAUGAAUCAACAGGUAUCAGGAUCGAAGAAACGUGUUGGUGGCGCAGCAUUAAAUGAGUUCUUGGAAAAUAGAAUCAGGAGUAUGCAGAAUGUUAACACUAUCUCAACAACUGGAAGAACUCCUCCUGCCAACCUUGAUACCAACGUGUCUCGGAGUGCCAAUCUUACAAACGUGGAUGCUGUCACGAAAGAAUUCAAUCCAACCCGACCAACAUUAGCAGGAAAUGCUUCCUUGGAAGGAAAAGGACGUCGAGGUCGUGGACCUUCUUUUGAUAAACUGUAUGGACACAUUAGGUUUGAUUUUGAGAACAAACUGAGUAACGUCAAGGAGAAUCUUCAACCAAGAAAAGGCCGCCGAGGUCGUGGACCUUCUUUUGAUAAACUAUAUGGACACAUUAGGUUUGAUUUUGAGAACAAACUGAGUAACGUCAAGGAGAAUCUUCAACCAAGAAAAGGCCGCCGAGGUCGUGGACCUUCUUUUGAUAAACUAUAUGGACACAUUAGGUUUGAUUUUAAGAACAAACUGAGUAACGUCAAGGAGAAUCUUCAACCAAGUACAGAUACCCCAAUUUCAGAACGUGCUACACAAGGACCAACCAGUUCGACAGUUUGCCAGAAUAAAAGAUAUAACCAAGGACCGAACACAUCCCAACAAUCCCCAUCCAAUACAGUUGCCAGUACGCUUUAUGCUCAAAAGCGACGAGGCCGUGGUCCUGGUGUGAACAAUAUCAUAAACAGUCUUUUUUCUAUGCCUAAGCAAACAUCUCAGUUUGCACCAGGUCUUGGCCAUACAACGAACGUAUCCCAACAAUCUCUGUCCACAAUAUCUGCCGGUAAGAGUUCUAAUCAAAAGCGCCGCGGCCGUGGUCCGGGUACACACAAUAUCAUAAACAGUCUCCAGCCAUCCGCUGAACAAACAAGUGGCUCUGCAUCAGGACUCUACCAAGCUGCGGACACACCCCAAAAAUAUAAUUCCAAUAAAAGUUCUACGCAGAAGCGACGCGGCCGUGGACCGGGUAUUAACAAUGUCAUAAACAAAAUUCAAACAACACAAGGACUUGACCAAGCCGCGGAUAAGCAAUUCAGCCAGGGAUAAGCAAUUUCACGAUUUUAAGAUUUUUCAUUCUAAGGCUUGACAGCAGUAUAUCAUGUUCUAAGUUAUGGAACUAUUUAUAUGUAUGAGCCAGUAUAGAUCAAGAAUAUGGUUGGCAACGCGACAUAAGUUCUGUUGUUCCGGAGA